AUGGUGAUUUCAGUACCGCGGACAGCAGCCGCCGGGACAGCGUAUUAUUGGUUCCUUAAACGGAACAAGGGCAGACUGAUUGGUCUUUGUCUUGCAGAAAACAACUUCCCACCGUUGCCAGGGUUCAUCCCUCUGAAGCCAUGCUUCUACCAGGACUUUGAGGAGAUUCCGGAUCAGCAUCGCACUAUGUGCAAAAGGCUGUACCAUCUGUGGAUCUUAUACAGCGCUACACUGGCUGUUAAUUUCAUUGGCUGCAUGGCAUGGAUGUUUGGUGGAGGAGGAGUCACAAACUUUGGGAUGUCAAUUAUCUGGCUCAUUUUGUUCACACCCUGCUCCUAUGUUUGCUGGUUCAGGCCCAUCUACAAGGCCUUCAAGACUGACAGUUCCUUCAACUUCAUGGCGUUUUUCUUUGUCUUCAUGGCUCAAGUUUUAAUCACCAUUAUCCAGGCCAUAGGGAUCCCUGGAUGGGGAGUUUGUGGCUGGCUUGGCACCAUCAGUUUCUUUGGCACCAGUAUUUUUGCCGCCAUCAUAAUGCUGAUCCCCACAAUCAUGUUCACUGGAGUGGCCACACUGUCCUUCAUCGCUCUCACAAAGGUGCACAACUUCUACCGUGGAAGUGGAGGGAGCAUGAGCAAGGCCCAAGAGGAGUGGACCACGGGGGCAUGGAAGAAUCCUCAUGUCCAGCAGGCCGCGCAGCAGGCAAUGGUGGGGGCAGCUCAGGGGGCCAUGCAAGGCCAACAGGAACAGCAAUACACCUCCAACCCCAAUUACAACCAGAUGUAG